AUGCCCAAAUACCGCGCAGACUUCGAAGACACCCUGCGUUACAUGGCUACACCUCUAUCACCCAUCAUCAGCAUGGAAACCGGUCGCCCACACCCUGAAUUCCCGCGAAACUACCUAGCCUUCCACCUACUCACCUCCAACCAACUCGACAGUCUGGCCCGACACUUUCACCAAGUCUGGCCCAUUCUCCCGAUGACCCUAUUCUAUCCAUUCCAGAUUCGGUCUUGGGUUGGUGCCCCGCACGAGCAUGAUGUCGAUGUCGCUACCAAGCGUCAACGGUUUGGGCAUUUCAUCGGCAUGUGGCCGUAUCUCCACCCCGUGAAUAGUGGGCUGCCGCAGGCAUACGCAGAUUCCCCAGAGGAAUUUGCUGUGCCUAUUAGUACACAUGUUGAGAACUGUGAGGUCAAUGAUGGUGAUCAACAUGACGAUGGGGGUGACGAUGUUGAGGGGAACCAACAGACGACGGACAACGCGGAGCUUCCUGAUACCGUGGAGGAGCUUCUGGCGUGGUUGGAUCGCGAGUGGGAGGCAGAACUUCGUGAAGCGCGGAAUAGAAGUGACGGUCCGUUCUGCAAGCACUGA